AUGGAAGAGGAAGAUCUCUAUAGGGGUUAUCGUGUCAACAAAUGGGCUCCUUCAAUUUCCCACCUCAUGUUUCCCAAUGAUCUUUUCUUAUUCGGAACAUUGGACAACCAAACGAUGGACACUCUGCAAGACGUGCUUCAAACCUAUGCUAACUGGUCAGGUCAGCAGGCUAAUCUCAACAAAUCCAGCAUCCUCUUCAUCAAGGGUGUUAAUAAAGACAGAAAAGGGGAAGUGGCAUCCAUUCUGGGGGUUAAACAAAUGCAGACUGAUGAUAAAUAUCUUGGUUUCCACCUCCUCAAACCUUCUCAUAGGAUAAAUUCUUAUGAUUUCCUAUCUGAUAAAUUUGAGUCAAAAUUGUCUGGAUGGAAACGUAUUUCUCUUACUCAUGCAGGAAGAACCCUCCUCAUCAAAGUUGUGUUGGGGCUCAUUCCUCCAUACUUCAUGUCUAUUUCCAUUCUCCCUAAAGCUACAAUAAAGAAACUUGCAAUAAUCAUGUGUAACUUCUGGUGGGAGCAUGAUUACAAAUCUAGAAACUCCAUUUUAUUAACUUGGAUAUCUUUCUUGAAGAAAAAGGAGAUGGUGGGAUAG